AUGGCUUCCAGGCGGCAAGUCAAGAGUUUGAGCGAGGAGGCAAUUUGUCCCAUUUGUCUGGAUUUUUUCGUCGAUCCGGUGAUACUGGAAUGUGAACACAACUUCUGCCGCUCCUGUAUCACGCAGAGUUGGGAAAAAAAGGAGAUAAACUCUUGCCCGGAAUGUAGAGAGGAGUUUCCGGAAAGAAACUUCAGGGUAAAUCGGACCUUAGCGAAUCUGGCCGAGAAAUCUCGAAAAUUAAACCUGGAUCCGAAAGCGAAGGAAAAUAAACGUCACUGUGAGAAACAUCAGAAAGAACUGAAGCUGUUUUGUGAAACUGACAAGAAACUGAUCUGUCUGAUUUGUAGAGAUUCGCGGGAACACAAAUCUCACAACUUCAGGACGCCUGAAGAAGUUGUUCAAAUCUAUAAGAGUCAGCUGGAAUGUUCCUUGGAUUCUCUCAUAGAGAAGAAAUCGGCAGUUCUAGAACUGGAACUCAAUCAGAAACAGAAGAUUUCCGAAGUUAGGGAACAGGCGAACGGUCUGCAGACCAACAUCACAUCCGAGUUCACUAAAAUGCACCAGAUUCUCACUGAGAAAGAGCAACGUUUACUCAGAGAUCUCAGGGAAGAAGAGGAGAGGAUUCUAGAGCCAAUAGAGAAAAACCUUCGAGAGAUCCAGGAGAAUUUGAAUUCGAUUGAGGAGAAACUGUUAAAGUUGCAGGAACAGAUGGAGCAAACAGAUGAGCAGAUAUUUCUGUAGUCUGAGGUGGAUCUGCUGGAACAGAAAGUGCUGGAGAAACUUAGCAACUUAGGCAGCAUUGUUGGAGAGAGAAGCAGAUUAAGGUUUAGAGUCCAGCAUUACCCUACUUUGGGACAAAAGCAGAAGUUGCUGGAAAAGCUCAGCAAGUCUGGCAGCAUCUGUGAAGAA